AUGAAGAACUUGGCUGUACGAGAGGUUCCAAUUGAAGGUGAAGAGAUCAAGCGCAAUAAGGCAAACAUAUUCAAUGUGAGAAGUUACAAUAAUAAUCACACAUGCGGCUAUGGUGAAAGAUACUUAACACAACGUCAAGCUACUUCGGAUGUAAUUGCUAGUAUAGUCAAGGACAAGUAUGUUAAUCCAAAAAAAGUUUACACCGCAAAUGAUGUAAUAGAGGACAUACAAAAGCAACACGGGGUUGAAGUGACCUACAUUAAAGCACGGAGAGCUAAAGAGAUAGCAAUGGCAAUGAUAAGAGGGAAUCCGAGCGAUUCAUAUAAGGAGUUGCCGAGGUAUUUGUAUAUGUUGGAGCAUACAAAUCCAGGAACGGUUACAAAGUUGCACAAAUCAGAAGAUGGAUGCUUUCUUUAUGCAUAUGUUUCGCUAUAUGCAUCUAUCAAGGGUUGGGAGCAUUGCAGAUCGAUAAUGGUUGUUGACAGAAGUUUUCUUAAAGCAGCAUAUAAGGGUACCAUAUUGAUUGCUUGGACACGGGAUGGAGCUGGUGAGUUGACUGUAUCUACCUUGUUUCUGCAGAAAAAUCCUUCCACUUGCAUAGUAGAUUCAGAGAAUAAUAAAUCUUGGGAGUGGUUCUUCGUCCAGAUAAAGGGUACUUUUGGUGUUAGAGAUGGGAUGUGUAUAGUUUCAGAUAGAAAUGAAAGCAUCUUCAAUGCCACAAAAGCUGUGUACCCGGAAGUUCCACAUUGUAUUUGCAUGUUUCACACUUUCACUUGUGGUAGAAUGUCAAGCACAUUCAAGAAACAUCACAAACAAUUGAAGGAUAUCUUCUUCGCUUUGGCUAGAGCUUACACGAUAGAGAAGUUUGACCACCAUAUGACAGAGAUGUGCAAAAUUGAUCUGAGGGUGCAGCCUUACUUGUUUGAAAUUGGCUACGAAAGGUGGUCUAGGGCAUACUCCAAAGUGAAAAGGUUGAUGGUAAUGACUUCCAAUAUUGCAGAGUCAAUUAAUGCAGCAAACAAAGAUGCUAGAGAGUUAUCGGUAAUGCUAUUGCUGGAGUACAUGACAAAUUUACUACAACAGCGGAACAACAAAAACAGAAGAAGUGCAAUGGAGACAUCUACAGAGCUUGGCGAAAAGUACGACAAACUUCUUCGGAAAUAUCUGAUUGCAUCGGAGCAAAUGACGGUGAGGCCUACCACGGAGCAGUUAUAUAUUGUGCUUGAAGGGUUAAGGCUACACAUAGUAUGCCUUGAAGAGGGAACAUGCAGUUACGGCAAAUUUUAA